AUGGUCCUCCUAGAUGAAGCCCCCGAAUUCCUAAUACACGAAGUCCUCUCAAACUUCAACAUAAGCAGCGACAUGCACUCCCUAACACGCAUCAACGAAACCCUAACGCGCAUCGCCUCAGAGCGAGAAAAAAUCCAUGACGACUCGCGCGCGACGCUGCGCGCGCUGUCGCGUAAGAUGGAGAUAUCGAAGCAGUCGAUGGAGGCGACGGCGAGCGCGGCAGGGCGCAAAGAGCAUGGCGCCAAUAUGCUGCGGCUGGAUCGCGAGAAGUUUGCGCUGGCGAAGGGCAUCAACGAGCUCGAGAGUAGCGCGCAUGGGCUCGAGGGACAGUUGGCUAGGUUGAAGGAGGAGCUCGAGCAGGUUGAUGGGGAGGACCCCAUGCAGAGCGCGCUUGUCGAGGCCGAGGAUGGGACGUUGCUGAAGUUGAAAGUUUAUAGGUCCCUAGGCAUUGAUUUGCAGGAGGAUGGGGCGGCGGGGUAUUCGAAGGCGGUUAUUCGAAACUCUUCAAAGGGCGAUAUACACGUCGUCAAUAUCGAGAGAAAGUUCUCACAUUUCUUUUAUGCGAAUUACUUUUGGAACGUCAUGUAA